UAUUAUUUUAUUAAUUUUAUCAAAUGUUAAUUUACCCUAAAAAAAAAAUAAAAUAAAAUAAAAAAAAGAAAUCGUGUAAACCUCUCGCAUAAUUUGGCUGUAGAGAAAUCAGAUUUAGGUCUCAAAACUUUGCCUUUCUGCACUGAUUGAAUUCAUAUCAUCACAAUUCACAAAUCACAAUCAUCAUCUACUUCCCCAAUUCGGACAAUCAAAACAACUACUAUCAUCAUCUACUUCCCCAAUUCUUCUUCCAAAACCUUCAACACUCAAUCAUGAAUUCCCCACAAUUCUAAAAUACCCCAUCAAUAAAGCUCAAACCAAAUCAUUAAUGGCGAAUUCAUCAAUAAUGGACUCAUUCUUUCAACGCUCAUUAGAUGAUUUAAUCAAAGGAAUUCGACUUCAUUCCCCAGAAUCAUCAACACCCCUUUCAUCUUUCCUCUCAAAAGCCAUUGAGGAAAUUCGUCGCGAAAUCAAAUCAACAGACCCACAAAUGAAAUCAACUGCACUUCUCAAAUUAACUUAUCUUCAUUCAAUUUAUGGGUUUGAGAUUUCUUGGGCUGCUUUUCAUGUAGUAGAAGUUAUCAGUUACCCUCAAUUCAAUCUCAAAAGAAUUGGGUAUUUAGCUGCUUCUGCUACUUUCAAUGAAUCUACUGAAGUUCUUCUUCUUGUUACGAAUCAAUUCAGGAAAGAUCUUUCCAGUUCUAAUGAUUUUGAGGUCAGUCUUGCUAUUCAAUGUUUAUCUGUUAUUGGUACGCCUGAUUUGUGCCGUGAUUUGUGCAAUGAUUUGUUUACAUUGUUGUCUAGUACUGGACCUUAUGUUAAAAAGAAGGCGAUUGCUGUUUUUUUGAGGGUUUUUGACAAGUACCCAGAUGCUGUUAGAGUGUGUUUUAAGAGAUUAGUUGAUAAUUUGGAGAGUACUGAUCCUCAGGCUAUUUCAGCCGCUGUUGGGGUGUUUUGUGAGCUUAGUUUACGAGACACGAAAACGUAUUUGCCAUUAGCGCCCGAGUUCUAUCGAAUUUUGCUUAACUCUAAGAAUAACUGGGUGUUGAUCAAGGUGUUGAAGAUGUUUGCUAAGUUGGCAUUAUUAGAGCCUAGGUUAGGGAAGAAGAUUGUUGGUCCGAUUUGUGAGAUUAUGCAGCGGUCCAUGGCAAAAUCGUUGGUGUUUGAGUGUAUAAGAACUGUUGUGAGUAGCUUGAGUGAUCAUGAGUCUGCUGUUAAGCUUGCUAGUGUGAAGAUUAAGGAGUUUUUGACUGAGGAUGAUCCUAAUUUGAAGUAUCUUGGUUUACAAGCGCUUUCUGAUUUAGCUACGAAGCACUUGUGGGUUGUGUUGGAGAAUAAGGAUGUUGUGCUUAAGUCUCUUAGUGAUGUCGAUUCUAAUAUCAAGCUAACUUCGUCGCGGCUUCUCAUGUCUAUGGUGUCAGAGGAUAAUGUGGCUGAGAUUACCAAGGUUUUGGUUAAUUAUGCCCUGAAGUCUGACCCUGAAUUCUGUAAUGAGAUCCUCAGAUCGAUACUGGUCACUUGCUCUAGGAAUUAUUAUGAAAUUGUUUUUGAUUUUGAUUGGUAUGUAUCACUUCUUGGGGAAAUGGCUAGGGUUCCACAUUGUCAAUCAGGGGAGGAAAUUGAGAACCAACUUGUUGAUAUUGGUAUGAGAGUAAAGGAUGCCAGACCUGAGCUAGUCAAGGUUGGCCGGGACCUGUUAGUUGAUCCUGCAUUACUUGGGAAUCCUUUCUUACACGGGAUACUAUCUGCCGCCGCUUGGGUUUCUGGUGAGUAUGUUGAGUUUUCAAAUAACCCAUAUGAACUGAUGGAGGCUUUGUUGCAGCCACGUACGAGUUUACUGCCACCAUUAGUAAGAGCUGUCUAUAUUCAGUCUACAUUUAAGGUUUUAGUGUUUUGCCUUCAGUCUUAUCUCUGGCAGCAAGAUGUAGUGGAUGCUGCUUCCGUUGCUGAUGAUAUGGCAUCUUUAAGCUUCGAAUCUAAGUCUGGAUUGAAAUGCCCUGACAGCCAAGAUAAGUCAACACAUGAAGCUGUUGCAAAUUUUGAGCAAAUGCCUGAGUCUGCAGUCAAAGAAUCUUAUUCUUGGUCAAUUGGUGAAUAUGGCAUUGAAGAUGCUGUGCAAGAGAAACCCACUUUAUCAUUGCCUGAGAGAGAAACUUCAUCCCAAGAUGCAGUUGUUAAGCUGCUAAAUAUGACUGAAACAGCUGUAGGACCAUUGUUAUGGAGCAAUGAAGUGGAAAUACAAGAAAGGGCACGGAAUAUUCUUGGAGUUGUGAAUUUAGUAAAGGAAGAUGUUCUUCAUUGUUCUGGACAUCAUGUUGACAAAUCAGGGAAGAAAGAUUUUGAACUUUCUGAAAUCACUAAACUCUUUGAUGAUCUAUUUGUUGAAGAGCUUGGUCCAAUCUCAGUAACUGCUCAAGCAAGAAUUCCUGUACCUGAUGAUCUUAGUCUUAAAGAUAGUCUCACUGAUUUGGACUUAAUUUAUAGCGACAUUCAGCUAAAUCCAUCGACAACCUUUAGUCUUGGAACUUCUCGUUCCAGUGAGAAAGAUGAUUAUCUUCUUUCUAAUGGCCAAGGUGCAGAAGAUGUAGAUUCGUCAACAAUAUCUGGAUCUCUGCUUGCACAGCACCGCAAAAGACAUGGAUUAUAUUAUCUUUCUUCAGAAAAGGAUGAUACAGGUUUUAAUGAUUACCCUCCCGCCAUCGAAAGUAAAAAUCUGGACAAGAACGGCAAUGAAGUGAAUGAUCUUGUGAAAUUGACUGAUCAAUCACUAAAACUUAAGAAAAAACCAAACCAUGCUAAGCCUAGGCCAGUGGUUGUCAAACUGGAUGAAGGUGAAAAUUUCAUACCUACAAAAAAGUUGGAGAUUACAGAGGAUUUGCUUUCUGGUGCAGUGAGGGAUGUUCUUUUAGGAAAUGAAGAAGUGUCUACUUCAUCAAAAAAUAGUGAAGCUGAUAAGCAACUUGUCAAUGACGGUCCUCUUGAUCUGAGAGAACAUUCUGUUGCUGUAACCUCAGAGGUUGGGAAUUCAAGUUCCAGAAGAAGCAAGCAUAAAAAUCAUAGUAAGGAGAGACGACAGCAUAGCCAUGGUGAGAGUGGUGAAGGGAAAGAAAGAAGUCAAAAGGAAAAGAAAAAAAGCAGCCGUCACCGUCAUAACAGACACAAAGUAGAAGAGAAACAGGGCAGCUCAAACAAUGCCUCCAUACAAACACAACAAAUCCCUGACUAUUUGCUAUAGCAGGAAACUUUGGAAUGAUUUUUGUGAAUCCAUACCUUGGUUUUUUUUAGAAACGAACAAGUUUUUUUCGAUCUCUUGGAAUAUUGAGGUGUGUCAUGAUUUUGUCAUGAAAUUGUCAUCUCACCGUGUUUGUGUUAUUGUGUUGCUAUCUCAUGUAAUCAAUUCAUUAAUUAUUUUCUUCACAAAAAGUUUAUAGUUCGUCAGUGUUCGAUUUCUGUUGUGGUCUUGUGGACGCAUAUUUACUUUAUUGUAUCGUGUUCUCUGUCGUUGUUGAUC